AUGAAAUUAGACUCUAAAAAUAUAAUUAGCUAAUAGUCACAGAGUGAACAAUUCCCAAUCAUUUCUUCAUAGGAAACUCAGUCAUCCAGCUAUAAAACAAUCAAAAAGAAAAUCGUAACCAAAUUGAAACUUUCUGCUAGCGGAUCUACCUAGUACACUGACUCUUCUUAAUAUAAGAGAAGCGCCAAAUUAAGCAAAGCAAAAGAUCUCAAUAAAAAGAUUAUUUUUGACGAUUAUCCAUCUCAGUCAUUGGAAUUGACUAGGACUCAAAUGGAUGCGUUUUCUUAAGAAAGUCACAUUCCUUCUUAGUUGAGGAUAUUAGACACUCAAUCAUAGAACUUUGGAUACUGUCAUUCUUAGCUUGAUGAUGAUAAUGAAAUGAAAGUCAAUAAUUAAUAUCAAGCUAUUUUAGAAAAUGAAAAUUAAUAUCAAAUGCAUCAACAUAUUUAUUAAAACGACGAUAAUUCUAACAGCUGCGUAUUUCAAUAGACAAACUAUGAUUCAAUUAACAUACAAUAAUACAAUUAGAAUCUCAAUAAAGUAAGUAGAAAGCUUUAAAAUGUAUAAGACUAGCCAAAAAAUAUUUCUUAAAGAGAGAUGAUUGCUGAGAGUGUCAGCAUUUAGUCUCAUAACCAAUCCAAUAACAAUGAAAAUAAUCAAAAUUAAUUAACUGUUUAGAAAAAUGAGAGCCAUAGCAACGAAUGCAUGGAAUAUAAUGAUGAAAAUUAAAUGAAAACGAGCUAAUAACAAAUAAAAAACAAUAUAAACAGGUCUGAAAGGGUAUUACUUGGAGAAAUUACUUAGUAAUUAAAGCCUCUUUAAAGUCCAUAAUUGGAAGAAGAAUUUUAAUUUAACAAUAAUAACUACUUUUAAAAUUAAGAAGAAGAGUAAGGCUUAGCUAAUUUCAGAACUUAGUAGAAUUAAUUUAUCUAAGAAGAUAAUCAUGGAAGUUUAUUUUAUCCUUGCGAUGAUGUUAACUUUAUUGAAAAUGAUGAAUUUAAUUAUGAUCAAUACAACAACCCCUCUUUAAUUUAUAAUCCUAUGGACGACUUAAAUAGAAAUUGUUUUUAAUUCUUCGAAGCUAGCAACAGCUAACAGUUUUAAAAGGAGCAGGCUUAACCUUAGAGGAAGCUUACAAUGAGAGAAAUGCUUGAUUAAUUUAAUCAAGAAGACACAUUUAGCUUCGAUGAUUAAGACCUAUAGAAUUUUGAAAUCAGAUAGAGCGAUUACAUCGUUGAUCCUUAAAGUCUUUAAAACUACAACAGUAAUUUCACUAACUUUGCUAAAAAAAGAGCAAUCCUCAUUGACUGGAUGCAAGAAGUUAGCACUGGCUUCUCUUUCAAAAGGGAGACUUAUUAGUAGUCGAUUUCGAUUAUUGAUAGAUACUUUGAAAGGGUUCAAUAAGUUCCUAAAAACCAGCUUUAAUUAGUAGGAGCAACUGCGCUUUUGAUCGCUCAUAAAAUAGAAGAAGUAAUAUGUAAGAAGAACGAAGAGUUCAUCACUAUAUGCAAUGGUGGAUAUACAAACAGCUAAUUUAUAUAGAUGGAAAUUGACAUUUGCUUAAAAUUGAAAUUCGAAUUAAAUACUCCUACCCCUUACUUUAUAAUGAAUUAGUUAAUGCUGAGGUGGGAUGGGCUUGUGGAGUAGUACAAAGAAUUAUUUGACAACGACAUAAUAUUCUUUAAAAAAAAUAACUAAAAGUCUUUCCUUCUCUUCUCUAAGGUGUGCUAAUAUAUUGACUGUUCUUACUAUAACAUAUACAUCUACAAUUAUCCUAUAAAAUACGUUAUAGCCUUAUUCAUGUAUUCAACCUUAUGUGGAAGCCUUAUACAAAAUAGAGAUAUUGAUGUCAAAUUAAGCCACCUAAAUUAAUUAUUCGAUCAUUUUAUUUAAAACACUUUAAACUUAGAGUCUUGCAGUGACUUAUAAAACGUAAAAUUAUUUACAGACUAAUUCAUGGACCUAAAUAUUUGCGAUAAGGUACCCAUAACAAAUUAAUAUAUCAACAGGCAGGAUGAUAAAAUAUAUGAAAGCUAUGAAAAUGUUUGCAGUCAACAAUUAUAUAAUAGAGAUUUUAAAAGACUCUUCGGUAUUGGAGAUUGA